AUGUUGCACGGCUUGUCUCACCCAGGCGUUCGUGCGUCGGUUAAACUCGUAACUGCACAAUACGUCUGGCACAACGUCAAUCAGGACGUUCGUAUUUGGGCAGCUGCUUGCCUUCUGUGUGUACGCGCGAAGGUGCACAAGUACGCGAAAAGCCCAAUUGGCACAUUUCCGACACCACACGCACGUUUCCAUCACAUGCACGUCGACCUCGUAGGUCCUCUGACUCCUUCGAAAUACUCGGUGUACCUGCUGGCUUGUAUCGACCGAUCCACCAGGUGGCCAGAGGCCAUUUCGAUUCCGAACUGCUCUUCGGAAACAGUAGCAAAAGCAUUUUUGGAGCGCCAUCGUGACCACCGAUCGAGGGUCACAUUUCUCUUCCACUUUUGCCACGUU